CCGCCUCCAAUGUCAACAGUUGUUCAAGAUGGCUACGCUGAUUCUGGUGAGAGUUGCGCUGCUCAUCGCGUUCUCCGUGUUUCUCACGCUCAUCCUGGGCUUUGGCCUGCCGUCCGCGCUCAACCUCAUCGCGCGCAGCUGCGGCUUCCCGGAGGCGAGCGUAACGGAAUGCAUCGUGCUCAUGUACGCGCUGUUCGUGAUCUACGUGGCCAUGCCUCGACUGCCCCGCGGGACUGUAAAGGUGGAUGGAAAGUCUGUGUUCAUUACUGGCUGUGACAGUGGAUUUGGACAUGCAUUGGCCAAGCACUUGCACAAACUUGGUUUCACUGUGUUUGCAGCUUGUCUUUUUAAGGAUGGAGAAGGUGCAAAAGAUCUGGAGAAUCUUCAUUCUGAAAAGCUGAAGGUUGUACAGAUGGAUGUCUGCAGUGAGGAGCAGGUCGCUCAGGCCCUUCAGUUUGUGAUCGCCAACCUAGAAAACCCAGAGAAAGGUCUGUGGGCUGUGGUGAACAAUGCUGGUAUCUCGACAUUUGGUGAGGUAGAGUUCACAACCAUGGACACGUACAAGCAGGUUUCAGAGGUCAACUUGUGGGGCACCAUCAGAGUGACCAAAGCCUUUCUGCCUCUUAUCCGCAGAGCUAGAGGACGCGUUGUUAACGUCGCAAGCAUGUAUGGCAGAAUGGGAAAUUCUCUCCGAUCUCCAUACUGUGUCUCCAAAUAUGGCGUGGAGGCGUUUUCUGACUGUCUCAGGCAUGAAAUGAAGGCCUGGGGUGUCAAAGUUUCAGUCAUUGAGCCAGGAAACUUUAUUGUGGCCACGGGCAUCCUCACUCGUAAUAUAGUAACAUCAACAGCAGAGAAGCUCUGGAAGGAGGCCCCUCCUGGUGUUCAGGAAGACUAUGGAAAAGCUCACUUUGAACAGUACAUGGCUCUUAUGCGCUCCUACUGCAACAGCGGCCAACGGGAAACAGAGCCCGUUUUAGAUGACAUCACAGACGCCAUCACGUCCAAAUGGCCCUACACACGGUACAACCCUAUGGAACCACACUGGUGGAUGCGCAUGCAAGUCAUGACCCAUCUUCCGGGAGCUAUCUCUGACAGACUGUACUUCUAAUCUAAUAAUGUACUUCUUAUUCCCUGCCGUCCAUUAUAUUGUUACAGGGUUAAUCAAUGUAAUGUUACAUGCCUUGCACUGAACUUUACUGAAUCAGUAUAUUGCUUUAAUUUAGCUGUGCUCAGUUUUAAGAAGAAUCACAUAGAUUUUAAAUAUGUAAAUAUGAUGUUCAAAGGCAAGUAAUGUUAAUUCCCAAGUUGAAGUACCUCAGUAGAUGGGUGCAGAGUAUAUAAUCUGUAUACUUGUAUUAAUAUAUAAUUAAAAUCAAUUAUUAGACUGAAAGAACACCUGUAAAAUCUA